AUGGAUAGGUCAAAGUCAUAUAAACUUAAAGCAAUUUUUACCAAUCCGUGGCAGAUAACAUGGCCUGAGAUAGGUGGAGAGCAAACUAUGCAGCUGAUGAACGCACUUUGAAAAGAAUUCCAAGAAAACGCAAUGCCAGAAAUAAGAGUGGAGGUGAAAAGGCAAAAGAUUGAAAAUGCGAAUAUGAUAAAUUAUAGUAAAAACCAAUUGAUUUUAGGGAUCAAUAAAAUUGUGGAAAAUAUUGAUAAGGUUGACUGUGUGAUAAUGAUGAGGAGUGAUGCAAAUGAGUCUAUUCUUGAGCCAUUGCUAAUUUUGUGCAAGAAUAAAGGAGUAAAAGCAAUUUCAGCCAGCUAUGAGCUAGGUAUAGAAAAACUAAGAGACAUUGCAGGCGUUAAAAGACUAGCAGCUUUUGCACUGCCUAAAAUCCAUUGCUUUAAGCUAACCAGACUUUUGAUUGACCAAUUUCAGCCGAAGCCAGCACAAAGUAACCAUUUAAAACCAAAAUCCAAAUAA